AUGGAGGCGGACGACGACUAUGAGCCGCCGUUCUCCGUUCGACGACUACGACAAGCGUAUUUGGAUCGGGUUCGUGGAUCCGUCGGUCCGGGUUUGCCACCACCGCGACGGAUCACUCCGUUGGCAGCUUCGAUCACGCCAUCGCUCCCGUAUAUUCCAGAAGAUGAUGAUGAGGAACGACGUCUAACACGAUCACAUCGUACGAAUUCGGAGAACGCCUUGAAUCGGCCAAACAACGAGAAAGCAAGAGCUCUUCGUUUCGAACCACCACCGCCGCCUAGUUUAUCGUACUCGUUACCAGUACAGCACGAAAAAUCACCUGCGGCGAGUCGUCAGUCCGACAGAUCACAUAUAGCAGCCCCAUCGCUAGUAGCGGUUAAUGUGACAACUAACCAAUCAGGGGCGAACGAACAAAAACCGUCAUCGAAUAGUGUAACGCGACCACGGGACAUUUCACGGGGCCCUGACGAGGAUUACCCAGAACGUUUGAUGAGCCCACCUCCCACAAGGGAACCACGAUCGAUAAUCAAACAAGGAUAUUACAGUAGUCAACAAAACCUACACUCAAAUCAAUCAAUGCAUGUGGAUCAUGGAAAUCCAGGUCUUUCGCAGGGGAAGAGCGGCAGUUUCAAUGACCUACCUGAAGAGCAACGCUAUCGUAUAAUGAAAGAAAAUCUGGAACGACUCCGUAGAAGCCGUGCCACCACCCCAAAACCUCCAGUGACGUCGUUCAAUGGGCCAUUUUUCAAACUCGAGGAAAUUAACAGCUCCAAAACAAACGAAUCGAUCGUUUGCAAUGGAGGCCCGGAUUAUCCUCAUCGAGAGAUGACUGAGAGUCGAACUUCGUUCGCAGAGUCCAGAGGGCUAUCGGCGUCGGAGGCGGAGCUAUCCCAGAUCAAAGAUUCAUCAGUAGUGAUUUGGCCUCCUCUCGUUGACAGAAAGCCCCGAUCUCAAUCGGUGAUGGCUAGGAGUAUCACUGACCCUGAAAGAAUCAAUGAAUAUCGUAGACAGAAGCAAUUGGAAGAGGAAGCAAUUAGACGACAUGAGGAGGAGAAGGUGAUUUCUAUGACUAAACAGCUGCGAGCGAUGCAAGUACAACAGCAGCGACUCUACGAACAACGGCAUGGUGUCACGUCACCGGUCCAAUUUAUCGAUGUCGUGGAUGCGCAGCCAUAUUUGCCACCGCAACAACAAUUCCCGACUAGAUAUCCUCAUUCCCCGGCUCCAGACAACAUGUCCCCAGACUACGGAUAUGAUGCGCAUCGUAUGCGGGUCUAUGAAACUCGACCGAUUUCUGCGCUUUCCGAAACGUCAGAUAAUGGUUUGCAUAAUACAUGGAAGAGGACGUAUAUCGUGCAAAAACCACAAGAGGUGGCCAAAAACGAAAUUUUAAGUAGCGAACAAUUACUGGAGAAGGAUCAGUACGAAGUGGAUAUUUUGAAGCGACGAGCCGCGUUUGUGGAAAAGCCCGAAGAGAAGCCAGAAAUUGUACGAACUGGACGAAGAUGGCAACCACCACCCGAGAAACCGUACGUAUGGCCGACCGUCCCGAGAGCGACCUCAGUGGACAUUAGUGUGCCCCAAGUCGAUUACAACAUGAGCCAACCACGAUCUGCUGACAAUGUUGAGUACAAGUGGGCACCAGUGAUCACUGAUCCUGGAUAUAAGAAAGAACGGAAGAAUUUCACGCCUACGAAUAGCCCACCGUUAUCGCCGAUUCGUGGACACGGUACUGGACCGCUCGAUGAGGUUGCAAAACGACAAACCAGAUAUGUGAUACAGCCGUCACCAGAUGGUAGUCACCGGCCGAAACCAGCGUUUCGAAAGGAGCGGAAGGCGCCAAGUGGAGGUUUUUAUCCUCAUGCUCCGAAUGCGGUGAAGGUAGUGAAACGACGACCAGCUUCAGCGCAAGGUUUACUCGCUCCUGUCGAUGGCACAACCGAAGAGACUGUUGAAAUUAUCCAUCAGAGGAACUUCCAUAAACUAGGUCGAGGUUACCGCGACACACCACCAAGUGCCGAACACAAUGGUCGACGAGCUGUUGGAAGAUCAGAGCCAGACGUGAACGAUUGGGAGAAAAUCUAUGACCUGCCGCCACAUUCGUCCACAAUCGUCGGUAAAGACGUGCCGACGAAUAUUGACGUUAAGCGAAGGCUUUCUCAAUUCCAAGGAUCAGUACAAAGUCUUCAACGUCGACAAGAAAACGCUAAUCGAUCCUACAGCAUGGAUGGAUCGCUUCCUUACUUCAUGCACGGAUCCAUGCACGAUAUGUCCAGCCCACAGACAUCCAGUGUUCGAAAUGACCGAGCUCAAAGCUCCGCACGACGAGACAGUUCUCGUCAACGAUCGCAGCACCGACAGCACCAAGAACAUCCCAGCACUUCUGCACAUAGCAGUCGUUCACCUUCUACACUCCCAAUAUCUCCAGCGUCACGCACCGAUACACCGACUGCGAUUCGAGUUCGAACGAAGAUGGGACAGGUGACAGCGCCUGGACCAUCUCCGGCAUCGUACGAUAGAGCUAGACCACAUGUACCGCGUCCGUUACCUCCUGGGUACAGGCUCGGAGAUCCUUUGCCUGAUCCUAGAGCUUUGUCCCCGGCACCAGGUCAUACUAAACGAAUGAUACGAAAUGUGGCUGCCAAUCAACCACCUAAGAACGAAGAUUUGGAUGAGUUGGCAAGGAAGGGUGAACAGCUUUUGGAACGAUCACGAGAACGUCGAGCCGGCUACAAACUCAUCGACUCCGAGAUCGUCAAAGAGGGACCAGAACCUGUCCCUCAAGCUUUCAAAGACCAAGUUCGCGAUCUGCUUGAGUCGCGAAACUCACUUGAAACUUCAACAACAAAGGAGCAUGAUCGUUCCGGAUAUGUCACGGAUGUUUCUACAGCGACAUGGCAAUUUUCUACGCAAUCCUUUUCGCCGCGAUCAAUUGUCUCAGUGAAUGGUGCAAGAGAUGACAUUCUCAAGAAAGAUAAAGUGUGGCCGUAUACGGUACAAGAGUCCACAUCGGUGGCGGAUUCCGGUCGAUCCUCUCGGCAACUACACGAGGUCUACGAUCGAAAAGUGGAACGAUUCGCAUCGAUGCCGAUGUUGAACGCAACUGAUCGUGCUUUCAUUAGAGUAAAGGAUGAUAAACCGAGAGGCAUUAUGAAGCGUCGAGAGUUGGAGACACGAGAUCAAAUGUUACAUCCGUCAGCUGAGAAUCAACUCAUGGAACAUCGGCAGUAUCACAGGACGCAGAGCAACGUCAGCAAUAAGCCUUCGGUCACCGAAACUGUACAGCGUUUCGAAGAAACACGUCGGACGGAAGAGGUCGAGCGACGUGUACAGCGAAAAGAACGUCGUGAUCGCCGCUCCAGACAUCAUUCCUCAUCGCGUCACCAUGGUUCUCGUGAAGCAUGGGAGAACGGAUAUAAUUCCGAGCGCCGUCUCGCUUCUGUUCCUCCGCAACGUAUCAUCUAUCAAGAAUCAAAUCGUGCAAUGAGCGAAGCUGAAAUCGACAAAGUCGUCCGCGAAGCGUACGAAGCAGCCGAUGAGGCUCGUCGUGAUCAUUAUCGAAUGCGCAGCAAUUCAUUAUCACGCGGCGGUGGUGCCGUAAACGGUUAUCUGCCUUCGAGCCAAGAAAGCUACUAUCGUCAAAGCACCACCAGAAGAGAACGUGAUCAUCGGGAUCAGAGAUACGAGGAUGAUCAUUUCGGCAGAGGAAUCGCUCACGCUCGUUAUGGUUCGCUGAGCGAUUCGCUUAGACGUGGCGAGUUGAAGUAUAUACCGAACGGUGAAGUGCGUGAGUCUCAUUGGAGCCAGAGCCAGCAAAACCGUGGCGGAGGAAUGGGCAACAUGCACAAAAGUUAUUCCACUCGUGAUGUAUUCGGCGGAGGAGACUAUGAUCGCCGCUCAACAUCAUCCUAUCGUCGUGGCAGUCAACAAAUGUCUCCUUUCGUCGAAUUCCCACCCACUUUGCCAAGACGCUCAGAACGUGAUAACUAUCGGCCCGUGAGCAAAAGUCGCAGUUAUGCGGACUGGGAUGACAUGGGCAGAGCUGGAUUCGGGCGAGAAGUCAGACGUUAUGACGAUGACAUGUCUCGCCUUGAGGCCGAGUUCCGCGAUUCGCUGCUGAUGCCACUUCCAAACGGGAAUCUGCAUGAGAGAGAUUAUCGAACAGAGCAGAUCCCCGGCGGAUACGAGACAUUCUCGAAGGACAAUCGUGCACAUUCCGGCAGACGCGUCGGCAAAGACGGUCUUCCAGUAGACUACAGCGAAGCGUCACAAGAAUACAGCUACAAACGCGAACAAGAGAUGGAUCGCCGACGCUAA